AUGGAAUCAGACGAAAAUCCCGAAGCGGCGCCUUCAGAGAAACCCAAUCUACAAGGAUGGCGCCUCUACCUCGUCCACGCCAGUCUAUACCUAGGCCUUGUGCUAAGUAUAAUGGACUCAUCGGCCGUCUCCACAGCACUCGUCACAAUCGGCGCUCAUUUCGAUGAUUUUGUACAUAUUCAAUGGGUUGUGUUGUCUUAUAUGUUGACUUAUCUUGGAUUCGCUCUGGCGUUCUCGAGGAUAAGUGAUGUUAUUGGCAGGAAGUGGGCCACUAUCGCUGCCCUAUCAUUCAUUACAACAUUCUCAAUAGGCUGCGGCUGCGCGCAAACAAUCCAACAACUAAUCGUAUUCCGGGCUUUGCAAGGUAUCGGUGGCGCCGGGUUGUAUUCCAUGGCUUUUAUAGUUUUGCCAGAGGUUACACCUCCUGAGAAGCUUGGGAUUAUGAGUGGAUUGAUUGGUGGUGUGACUGUUGUAUCUGCUGUCUUAGGCCCUGUGGUCGGCGGCAUAAUAACAACCUAUUCCACCUGGCGCUGGGUUUUUUGGUUUAACAUCCCCAUCGGCGGCACCAUCCUGGUUUUCCUUCUUCUCUUUUGCCCGGAUUUUAAAUACCGAGGACGCAUUACCUGGAAGCAAUUUGACUUCUUCGGCUGCUUGAUAUAUCUCGCUUCAUGCACACUCUUAAUCACAGCUUUACAAGAAGGUGGCAGCGGAUCUAUAUCUUGGACCUCAGCUGCAUUCAUUAUCUGUGUGAUCCUUGCAGGGGUGAUAUUCACUUGUUUUGCGGCUUGGAUUGCGUAUCUAUCGAGACGGAAGCAUUCGGUUAUGCCUUUAUUUCCGAUGAGGAUUGUGACGCAUCGGAUUAUGUUGUCGACUAUACUAGUUUCGACGUGCGUUGGAUUCGUCUUUUACUCGAUCCUGGUCCAACUCCCAGAGCGGUUUCAAAUAGUCAAUGGAAAAUCUGCAGAGAUAGCUGGCGUGUCGCUUAUAGCUCUAUCAGGGCCUUCAGCAUUCGGUUCCUUCCUUGGUGGCGCCUUAUCCGUCAAAAGAAACAACACAUUCUACACUCUCCUCGCUGGCUGUAGUUUUGUUAUCCUAGGCACCGGCUUAAUGCGCACAAUCGACUCUAGCCCUUCAGUCCCAGCCAAAGUCUACGGUUUCGAGGUUCUAAUGGGGUUUGGGUUUGGAAUGCUAUUCUCCACGACUACAGUGUUGAUAAAAUUUCAUGCGGAUCAGGGCGACUCUGCAGCAGCACAAGGCUUAAUGUCCCAAGCCCGCCUUUUAGGCGGCAACAUCGGCCUCGCGAUCGCCACUAUUGUGUUGAAUCAACGCCUCAUUUCUGACUUAAAGGGGGUUGUGCCUGCGAGUGAGAUUGAUAGUCUGCGGCAUUCUUUGCUUGCCAUCUCGCUACUUACGCCCCAGCAGUCUGAGAUUGUGAGAAGAUCAUUUGCAGGCGCGUUUGUGACACAGUUAGAUAUCAAUCUGGGGGUUGCUGGGUUGAUGUUGUUGGUUGCACUGGGGACGUGGGAGAGACGGCCGACUACGUUGAAGGACGUGAUGGAGCGGGUGAGAAAAGAAGAGGAGGAACAGAGAAGUACGCAAGAAACUACAGAGUCUCAAUUUGUGAAGGCUACUACUGGCAGUGAUGAAAAUAUAUAA